AUGCAGAGGCAGCGCAGCAGCAGCGGCACCAUGAAGAGGGACCCAAGCCACGACAACGUCCAGAAGCUGAGCGCCGCCGAGAUGCAGCAGCUGACUAGCGAGCCCAAAUCGCUUCCCAUUGCGCCCGCGCCAGACUUUGUCCAGGAGCGAGAGGCCAUUCGACAGUCUCUGAUGAGGCCACCGGAGCAGCCCCAUGCCGACGGAUUCCAGCGGCCGAAUGGCCUGGCGGCAGAGACCCGGACAGUCAGCGGAUGGCUGCCCAGAGAAGCCCGAGCUCCAAUGCGUCGCUCUGCGUCAGCGAAUAGGACCGUAUCGACGCCGCCGACGACCCGAGAUGUUCAAGGCCUUGGUAUCCAGGCGCCUGCGUCACCGCCGCGACGACUGUCAUUUGUUCCUGGGACACGCCCUCAGGGGCUGAACCUCAACCUGGACGGAGCCGCAAACGCAGGCACAACCGGAAGCGUGGUAUCACCGCCCAUCAAGACCGGGCCACCAACUUUUGCGUCACAGCAGCCCGGACCUAUCCAACCUGCAAGCUCCGGCAUCCGGCCGCCGUCUCCCAUCCCGCCCAUGAUUCCGCUCCCGCCAAUGUCGAUCCCUACGCAUCUUCAACUUGAACUGUCCCAACAGCGCCCAAGCCCUCUUUAUAUCCACCAGUCCUAUACCAACGAUAUUCCGUACGAGUCUCACGCCGUCAAGUUCGAACGUCUGAAGAACGUCCUCCUGAUACCCCCAUUUCUGGAGCGAACGCUGUAUUUUGGUGCGCUGGCCUGCUUGGAUGCCUGGCUGCACACCUUUACCAUUCUCCCCAUCAGGUUUACCAUGGCCCUCGCCGUCUUGGUGCAAUGGUGGAUGUAUGUCAUCUUUAAGGAAGUCAAGUGGCUGGUUGGCUUUGUCUGGUAUGGCCUCGGGCGAGUAUGGCGCCGGGCUCGAGCAGUGCGCGGUCGAAGAAUUAGUGAUGCGUCCGACAGCGCCAGAUCGCGCAGCUGUAGUAGAGCCAGCGAGGUCUCCGUGGACGGCGCAUCGCCUGGCAUUCGGCACCGCUCCAAUGGAAGGAUGCGAACCGAUUCACGCGCUCGCGCUCGCAGCAAUCCGGGACCGAAGUCGGGCAUCUUUCGGCACCGACGGACAAAGUCGACGCCGUCCAACCUCUCGUCCUUCCACAAGGCCGAUUUGCUCCAGGGCGCAGUCAUCAUAUGUAGCUCUCUCGUGCUGAUGAAACUGGACGCCAGCCGAAUGUAUCACCUUAUCCGCGCGCAGUCGGCCAUCAAGCUGUACGUCGUGUACAAUAUCCUCGAGGUUGGAGAUAAACUACUCUCAGCCCUGGGCCAAGACAUCCUCGAGUGUCUGUUUAGCUCAGAGACCCUAUCCCGUAAUGCGUCUGGCCGGUCCAAGAUUCUCCUGCCGCUGGGCAUGUUUGUGCUUGCUUUGAUAUACUGCGUACUCCAUUCCGUGGCCCUGUAUUACCAAGUCAUUACCCUCAACGUGGCCGUCAACUCCUAUUCCAAUGCCCUCCUUACGUUACUCCUAUCCAACCAAUUUGUCGAGAUCAAAAGCACGGUUUUCAAGCGCUUCGAGAAAGAUAGUCUGUUCCAGCUUACCUGCGCGGAUAUAGUAGAGCGCUUCCAUCUCUGGGUCAUGCUGCUCAUCAUCGGCAUGCGAAAUAUUGUCGAAGUGGGCGGCCUCUCUAUCCCGGGAGCCAGUAUGAGCGAUGACGCUCCCACCAAAGCGGCGCCUCUCCACUCGGCAAGCAUCCUCCCUCACAGCUUUACCGUGCUUCCAUCCUGGGUCAUGUCGGGAGAGGUUCUCUCACCGUUUCUCAUUGUCGUAGGCAGCGAGAUGCUGGUAGACACCAUCAAACACGCUUAUGUGACAAAGUUUAACAACAUCAAACCAAAGUUCUACAACAGGAUCCUCGACAUCCUAUGCAAAGACUACUAUACCAAUGCCUUCACAGCUCCCGCUCUCACGAGAAGACUCGGUCUCGCCGUCAUCCCUCUAUCCUGCCUCUUCAUCCGCGCCUCCAUCCAAACAUACCACAUGCUCCUAUCCGCCCAUGUUCCUAUGCCUCUCCAUAUAUCGACCCAGACGUCUCUAACAGAAGCAUCCGCAACGCCCUCCUCUCCCGCCAUGAUUGCAGCCCUCAACCGCUUCGACACUCUUAUCCGCGACUCUCUAGGCCGCGCCACUUACGGAUAUCCUUAUGACCAUCCGCUCAACUCGCGCCCCUGGUACAGAUGGACCUCGGAUGAUGCCAUUGCAGCCAUCACCAUGGUAGUCGUCUUCUUCAUCAUCUUCCUCGUGCUCCUUAUUCUCAAACUCCUCCUCGGAAUGAUCCUCCUCAAGUACGCCCGCAACCGCUACGCCAAGAUGAAGCAGAAGGAAGCUCUCGUUGCCGCUGGACAAGCGGAAUGGGACAACUACAAGGCUAAUGGGAUACGAGUGGGUGGCUUUGGACAGGUAGAAGUCACAGAAGACAAGCGUCGCUGGAUAAACGCCGAUCCCACGGAAGGGCUGAAGAAGAAGAAGAAGGAAAGGGACGAUAGGAAGCCGACAAAUGUGGAAGGGGAUUAUCAGGGCGUGUUUCGAUAUGACAUGGUGGAAAAGAGGAUUUGGUGAGGUGUUAUGUACAGUACUGGAUUAAAGAGUAACUCCAUGGGUGGCGCAAUUCGUUCCGUUGUUU